CCGUCGCCAUCUGCCUCGACCACGCUCGCUACGAGUCCCCGCUCCGCUCCGCUCGACCCUUCAAUUUGCGUCGUUCACUCACUCGCAUGGCUCCAAUCACCGAACCGUCGCAUCUGCUCAAUCCACUGGUCACCUCGCUGCAACUGGAGACAUCAUCCUCGCAACUCGAUGGGAUUCCCAAAGACAUCGAGGAUUCCACCCGGUUCGCGACCGCCAGCCUGAUCCAGGCCGCAGGCAUCUUGCUCCACCUUCCGCAGGAAAUCAUCGCCCAGGCAAUAGUCGUGCUGUCUCGUUUCUGGGUUGGUCCUGAUGGAGGGAGCAUUCUCGAUCACGACGCCGAGGAAGUUGCCGCUGCGGCACUUUACCUCGUUGCGAAGCCAUCUGCAUUCCCCAUCACUCCUCGACAAACUCUGACUACAAUAAAGUAUCUCUCGAGUCUUCCCCUAGCUGGACUCACGUCGCUUGACAUGAGCACCAAGCUGGGUUUCUCGGACUGGCACCUACCUGAAAGUCAAUAUGAGGCUGCAAGAAACCGACUGUUUGAGAUUGAGGGCCACAUUCUACGUGUGCUCGGCUUUCAGACUCAUGUUGCGCUUCCUCACACGCUCUGCAUCAACUACCUGCAGACCAUCGAUGCUUUCCAGAGCAGCACAGGUUCACUCGUGGCCAAGGCUGCCUUUGCACAUCUGAACAGCGCCUUGCUGAGCCCGCAACUGUUAUACCUCACACAUCAGCCUUCAGCGCUGGCCGUGGCUGCAAUCUAUCUGGCAAGCAGAGAAGUCGACGUAAAACUUCCAGAAGUCGAGUGGUGGGAAGUCUUCGAUGUCGAUCGGGAAGAGCUCGGCUUCCUCGUCGUCGCUUUCCGAAGCAUAGCAGGUUUUGCUCUCAAAGAGCAGGGCAAGUGGUCCGAACGCAAAGCACCGAUGACAGUAGUGGAAGUUCGGGCAGAGGUGGAGCGCUAUCGAACGCGCGGAUUGGGAGACUAG